AUGGGGAUCACGUCAUCCAUCCAAUUUCCGCCGCCAAAACCGGAACAAGAGAAACCAGAAGAUUAUAGUGAUUUGCCAUAUCCGGUGAUGGCUCAGGAAGAAUUGUUGAUGAAGAAACUCAAUGGCUUGUUCCCAUCGAGAGAGGGAGAAUCAUCAACUGAUGAAGCCAUAGAAGCUAGGUAUUUCGAGUUCAUGAGAGGAGGUGGUUGCAAAGAUCUUGUUAACGCUCUGGAACGUUGUGAAGGACCUCGUACCACUAAGUGUAAGGAGAUCGCGGGGAUGUUGUUCAAUUGUAUGUAUUCUUACCCUGAUUACUAUCAACCGGUUAUCGCUAUGUGGGAAACUUCUUUCAAACAGUUAGCCAAGGAUCUCGACGUCUUUCAUGCAAAGAAACAAAGAGAGGAGAGCUUUGAGAAAGCUAAUCUCUUUAAGGGCUUUAAGAGGUUCUAA